AUGUAUUUGCAUUCUACGCCGGCGCGUGCCGGCUGUAGCCCCUCGACUGCCCCUCCUGCCGGAUCGCAGUGCCAGAGACGCCAAAAUCCUGAUCCUGGCGUCUCGUCAAGACUGCAGGCGAUUCUGGACGAUCUCUUGGCCAACCUGAGUCAAGAACCCACGGUUGCCGUCACACUCCAUAUCCCUGUCAGCAAGUGGGAGGAUUUGUCACGGCAAGGUGCUCAGCAAGCUUCCCAACCCUCAAGCUUCGUCCCUGCCAACCGAAACUAUCCAGCCCAACACCCUUCCUCCGUUCCUCAAACACCCGAGGUUGAAUGCAUAGAGCGCACCUAUGCACACGAGCAUCGACUCGUUCCAACCUUCUUCAAGGCCAAUCGACGCCUCCCUCCUCCGAUCCCAUCACGUCCUAUGGCCUCCUCUAGUCAUCCGCCUACACAGGAGUCCUGGACGCGCCCCAACGUUCCCCAAGAGCCGUCCAAUACACAAAACACGAACGCAAUCCACUCUCCUCCAACCAUAGCACCACUUCCAGUUCCACACCCCAUUCCAGACGUGAUCGACCUGACUGGAGAUGAGGAGGAGGAAGUCAGACCAAACCAGACUCGAACGUUCGGGUUCGUGUUUGAGAAUGGGGGUCUGGUCCACAACACUUCCAGCCAGAACAUCAAGAAGGACAAGGGCAAGGGCAAGGCACGAGAGUUUACAGACUGCGAAGAAAUCAGGACAGGCUUCGCUUGCCCUUAUCCCAGCCCGCACUACCCUCGCCUUCGAUGCAACGUCUUUUUCCCUGAACGUGGGGUAUUAGACCGGCACCUGGGUGCACACCUCAAGGAGGAAGCGGCGAUGCGGCGCCGCGGAGGACCAGGCUUUGACGUGGAGUCCUUGGUAUUCGGAGGCCUGGACGCGCCUGGCUUCCAGUGCCAGUACUGCGGUUCUUCCUACUUGAGGCAGGACUCACUCCGCCGGCAUCAGGGACUGGACGGCAAGAAGAUCGUUUGCCCCGUGCUGAGUGGUAUCGAAACGAAGCAGAGAGGGAAGCGGAAGCAGCAGAUAGAGUGGGAAAGGAAGUACGCGCUCCCGGGGAGUGAAUUCCAUUCCGGAGGGGCGGCUCACCCUCCUGCCCUCGGGGAAGGGAGUGGAGUGGACUCGACUACGGAGCAAAGGGAGAGAAGGGACGACCCAGACGCUACUGAUUGGGAGGACGACAGCAGCACUGAUGACAGUGCCCUGGAAGGCCUUCCAGAUCAAGAUACGAUCCCACAAGAGCAUAACAACGAGCCCAAGGUCCGUUAUGCUUGGCCGAGUAUUCGAUGGGUGAACACCAAAGGAGGGUGCAAAGUAGUUGCCCAAGUUUGUCAGCGUCCGAGUACCAAUUGCAAGACCCCCAAGAAUAAACAGCAAAGCAGCAAGAGCCGCAAGUUUGAUAUCGUCAAAGUCUUAGAGGUCAAGACGAGGUACAGUGGCAGAUGA